AUGGAUAUCCGCCUCCUCACCAACGCCGACCUCCCGCUCAUCCAGCACGCCAAUCUCGAAAACCUGCCGGAAAACUACUUUCUCAAAUACUACCUUUACCACUCCCUCUCGUGGCCUCAGCUCUCCUUUGUCGCCGUCGACGUAUCGCGUCCGAAGAAGGGCCCGUAUGACUACCCCAAGAUUGUCGGCUAUGUACUGGCCAAGAUGGAGGAGGAGCCCAGCGAUGGAGUGCCGCACGGUCACAUUACGAGUCUCAGUGUGAUGAGGACACAUCGCAAGCUAGGCAUCGCCGAGAAGCUCAUGCGUCAGAGUCAGCUGGCCAUGGUAGAGACAUAUCAAGCGAAAUAUGUCUCUCUUCACGUCCGUGUUUCCAACGUGGCUGCACGGCAUCUCUACGAGAACACGCUGGGCUUCACAAACGAGAAGGUCGAGUCGAAAUACUACGCCGACAAGGAGGACGCCUUCUCCAUGCGCCUGAACCUGGACGAGAUUAAGAAGCAGAUCGAGGCGGGCGAAAAGAACGGCGACGCGGAGGAGGACAAGGAGCACGAGGACGAGGGCGAUGCGGUCGGCGAGGUUGGCAAAGAUCCGGGGCAAACUGCCGAGGGGAAGCAGAUCAAAAUAGCACUGGGGAAACGGCCGGCUCUCGGCGUAGGAGACCUGGUGGAGAAAGACGACAGCAAAUAA